AGGGCGGGCGCCAUGGCGUCAUCGGCGCGCGCCCGCAGCGCCGCCCGCCCGCCCGGGAACAUGUCGCCGCCGCUCUUCAGCCUGCCCGAGGCGCGGCUCCGCUUCACGACAUCCACCAGAGAGGCUCUGAUAAACAAAAGCAUCAAGCCGUUGUUGAAUGCAUUUAACCAAGUUCCUGGAAGUGAAAAUGAAAAGAAGUGUACCUUGGAUCAAGCUUUUAGAGUUGUUGUAGAAGAAGAAAUAAUAAACAAAGCUCCAUGUGAGAAUCUCCUGGCAAUUAUCUCUCUUGCUAUUAAUGGAGUCACAGAAGGUAUCUGCACUGCAUCAACUCCUUUUGUGCUUUUGGGGGAUGUUCUGGAUUGCCUCCCUUUGGAUCAGUGUGACAAAAUUUUCACUUUUGUGGAGAAAAAUGUUGCUACGUGGAAAUCGAACACAUUUUACUCUGCAGGGAAAAAUUACUUGCUACGCAUGUGCAAUGACCUCCUAAGAAGAUUAUCUAAGUCACAAAACACAGUUUUUUGUGGAAGAAUUCAGCUAUUCUUGGCUAGGUUAUUUCCACUUUCAGAAAAGUCAGGGCUUAACCUACAGAGCCAGUUUAACUUGGAGAAUGUCACUGUUUUCAAUACCAAUGAACAUGAGAGCACUCUGGGACAGAAGCACACUGAGGAGAGGGAAGAAGGUAUGGAUGUGGAAGAAGGUGAAAUGGGAGAUGAUGAAGCACCGACAAGCUGUUCCAUUCCAAUAGAUUAUAACCUGUAUAGAAAAUUCUGGUCACUUCAAGAUUAUUUUAGAAAUCCUGUGCAGUGCUAUGAGAAGGUGUCAUGGAAAACCUUUCUUAAGUACUCAGAAGAAGUUUUGGCUGUUUUCAAAAGUUACAAAUUGGAUGACACUCAGGCUUCCCGAAAAAAGUUGGAAGAACUAAAAACAGGAGGAGAACAUGUAUAUUUUGCAAAGUUCCUAACCAGUGAAAAGCUGAUGGAUUUACAACUGAGUGACAGUAAUUUCCGCCGUCACAUCUUGUUGCAGUACCUAAUACUAUUUCAGUAUCUAAAGGGACAAGUCAAAUUUAAAAGUUCAAACUACGUUCUAACAGAUGAACAGUCUCUUUGGAUUGAAGAUACUACAAAAGCAGUUUACCAGCUUCUUUCAGAAAAUCCUCCAGAUGGAGAAAGAUUCUCUAAAAUGGUAGAGCAUAUAUUAAAUACUGAAGAAAACUGGAACUCAUGGAAAAAUGAGGGCUGCCCAAGCUUUGUGAAAGAAAGAUCUCAUCCAGAGUUUCAGCUUGGACCUCCUGAUUCAAAGCCAAUGAGACCUGUGAGGAAGAGGCCAGCUCCAGAGGACUUCCUAGGAAAAGGAUCAAGCAAAAAAAUCCUUAUGGGGAAUGAGGAACUGACCCGCCUUUGGAAUUUAUGUCCUGAUAACAUGGAAGCCUGUAAAUCUGAGAGUAGGGAAUAUAUGCCAACACUGGAGGAAUUUUUUGAGGAAGCUAUUGAACAAGCAGACCCUGAAAACAUGGUUGAAAAUAAGUAUAAGGCUGUGAACAAUUCUAACUAUGGCUGGAGAGCACUGAGGCUUCUGGCACGCAGAAGUCCCCACUUCUUCCAGCCAACAAACCAACAAUUCAAGAGUUUACCUGAAUAUCUAGAAAACAUGGUAAUCAAAUUAGCCAAGGAGCUGCCUCCUCCUUCUGAAGAAAUAAAAACAGGUGAAGAUGAAGAUGAGGAAGAUAAUGAUGCUUUAUUAAAGGAAAACAAUGAAAGUCCGGAGGUGCAGCGGGACAAAGCCAUGACGGGCGAGCAGAUCGAGUCCUUUGCCAACAGGCUGGGGGAGCAGUGGAAGGCCUUGGCCCCCUACCUGGAGAUGAAGGAGUCUGACAUCCGGCAGAUCGAGCUGGACAGCGAGGACGUGAAGAUGAGAGCCAAGCAGCUGCUGGUGGCCUGGCAGGACCAGGAGGGCGCCCACGCCACCCCCGAGAACCUGAUCACGGCGCUGAGCAAAGCCGGCCUCGGGGACCUGGCCGAGAGCUUCACCAACGACACCGAAGGCAGCAGCUAACUCGCCUCGGAUGCCAACUGACGCACUUGGGGCUGGGCUGUUGGUAAUUGAGGCUCUUCUGGUGCUUGCCAUUGAUAAUUGUUACCUUUGUCGCUAGAUAACAGAUUUUUGAUAGGUCUUUUAUGUUCAGGAAAUGAUAUAAAGCUUUUUAAUAAUACUGUUGGGUUGUCUAGAUUGUCUGAGAAAAGGAUUAGUCGCCCUGGCCUGGAACUAGGAAGCUUCAUCUUUGGUUGUAGAACUUAAAAGGGGAGGAUGGAGAGCCCUGGCAGCUUUUGGGGCAGGCUGGCUUUGGCACCAGCAGAACUCGGGUUGCUCCCACUGGACAGAGAAUUGGCAAGCUCAUUCCUCACGGUGGGAAGGACUUGUGUGAAUGACUUUGGAGUCACCCUUUGGGGUGAUGGGAGCUGGGGAUUCCAGGAAGGUCAAAACCUACCUGGUAGAGGUGAAAUAAGAGAGUUGUGAUGGCAUUCCAAGGCACAGCACUGACUUCCAGGGAAGAAGUGAUGUCCUGCACUCCCACUGAAGCACUGGUUCAAUGAAUGAUCAUGGAAUUUCCAUGCUGGUUUUUAUUAGUGAUGAUUGUUAGCUUCUCAUUCUUUGGCUAUGUAGGAACGCCCCUGAGUCGUGGUGAACAAAGAAAUUUUUUUGUCACAGGUUACUGUGAAGGUUUCAUUUUAAGGCCAUGGUUGUCUGUAGAUGGGUACAAGCUGUUUUCCCUCAAAAUGUGAGAGAUUUUUAAGGUGUUAAGUGGCAGCUGGCUACAACUUGUUCUGUGGUUAGUUUGUAUAUUGUUUCUGUCAUUCAGCAAGAUCUCUAAUGGGUUUGGAAAAUAACUUCCACUAAACUCUUCUCUGUAUUUCUUCAGCUAGUCACUCAUAGCUGUGACUUUCCAGCAAGAUUAGCUACCACCGCAAAGGAGAGUUCCAUUGUUAAGUUUUGUGCCUGCUACCCCACUUCAGACUUAAAUGUGAUUAGGAAUUUGAUUAGGGUGCUUCAGUGAACGUUGGUAGGGGCAGAGAUACAGGAAAAUUAUUGGAAAUAACAGCCCAGGUCUUAGCUCCUGCUGCAGGUAGGGGUUGGUAGAAAGUAGGAACUUCCACAGUUUCAACUGAUUAAGGGACUUGAGCAUAUUGUGAGUGGAGGUGUGCAGGUGCGACUGACAACUUCAGUGCUGGGAAAGCUGAGGAUGACAGUGGGAGGAUGCAAUUCCACCAAGCAGCAACCAGGCACAGGCACCAUCCCUCCUUCCCCUGUAACAGGAUGCAAAACAAGAAUUUAACCCUGGAGGAGCCUGUAGUGUUUCUGUGGGGCCUGCAGGAACAGAGCCUGGGGCUUCCUUAAUGGAAUGCUUUUAAGCAUUGUGUGCCACUUUAAAACAGAGCCCCAGGCCUUUGGUGUGCUCCCAGAUGAAGCUGUGCAGGGAAGGUGGCACUGGAGUAACAGCUGCAAGGCAGAAGAGCUACAGCUGAUGCCAGUGUCCCAAGGAAGGGUGAAAGGAACCUAUCCAAUCAAACGAGGCACAGGCAAAGUCACCACCCUGCCAACAGGGUGAAAAUAUUUCAUAUGAAUAUGGACCAGCUCUUCCAGAAGGCACUGGAACACAUCAAGACUGGGAACCUGUACAUCAAAGGGUGAGGGGUGGGUGACCUUGAUAGUGCUUUUUAGGCUGUAGCCAGCACCAAAAGGCUUUGUCUACUGCAGUCACAUACAUCCAGUUACUGCAGAAGGUCCUAUAAGUAGGUAAAGCCCAGCCACCACAUUGGACUUAGCUACUGAGUAAAGAAUAACAGGACAGGAGACACAUCCCUACAGCUUAAAAAAAAAGUGACUUUAUUCCAUGACUGCUCUGAGACAUUCAUCAGUGGUGGCCCAAGAAGUGAAAACAAAUGCAUACUGACUACAGUACCAGGACAGGAGCUGUUUUUAAUGGAGACACAUUGUUGAUCACAAUUUAUUUUGAAAUCAUGAGAUGCCAGCAACAGAACAGACUGAAUCAGCAGGUCAGGCUGGACAAAUACUUGAUUGUAGCCACAGCUGUUGGCUACGGGCAGCAGCACUGAGUUACACAACAAGGCAACAGUUUCUCUUCUACCUUCCUAACAGAACUGCCAGGUAAGGCAAAGGAUGGACAGCUACUGAACUGUGGUAUAAACCAUGCAAGAGUAACAAAUGUGAGAGUAGGUGUGUAAUAAAUACUUGAUGACAUUAGAGAAGAAGGAGGAGGAGAGGCUCAUUUUAAAAAAAAUUAUCUUCUGCAAGACAUUAAAGCUAUUUUAAGUAUUGUCACCACCACAGUGGGCAGUCCAGUCCAAUAGUGACUAAUUGGUACAUGGAUCAGUUUUAAAACAUCCCUCUGCACAUGAGAAGGUUUGAACAAAUUAUUUAUCCACUUGCUAAAGCUCUGGGGUUAAAGAAGUGAUCAGUAAUCAACAUUUAUUUCACACCUAGGCAGAAUGGCUAAAACGGAAGACUAUUGUUCAGCUUCUUCUUCAACAACUUCAAUUCUGCGAGGCCCGUAGAGUAGAACAUAAGCUAUAUGCCAGUCUCCACCCCCAGAUAACCUCAAAAUGUCUUCAGGUGUAACAAUGCUAACUUUGUCAUCAUCAAAUUUAAUCCAUUCAUCUGCAAGGAAAACAAGAGGAUCAUUUGUAACUUAGGUACAUAAAAUCUAAAUCUGCCCCUUGGCUGAAAGGAGCUGUGAAAAGUGGUUAACAGGGCUGCAGUUUAUUUUUUUUUACCUUGUUUCCUUUUAACCCAAGACACAUAAUGCCCAGAGGAACUUGAUCUGCCUUGAUGAGUUAGCACUGCCUGCAGGUCAUAAUAGCCGCAAUUGUUAGAACCAAUAUCUGAAGGGGAAAGAAAAAGUAACAUUGAGUUCUACUUGAACAGCUGCAGUAUUUUUAACACACAGCUCACAGACCGAAGAUGCAUCAGCCAGGCCACAGCACCAUAGCCCUGUGUAACCCCAGCUACAGCACAGUACAAAACCAGUGUGAACUAAAAGCAGUAACUCUCAGCCAGGAGAGUCUCAGGAAACUGAAGAUGUUGUUCAUUCUCAUGAAAUAAAUAUGUAUCCAUAAAUAUUACUGAUGUAUGCACAGGGUGAGUGCUUUGGGCCUUCAGGCUCCAAGCUCCCCCAAAACUGAGGCAACACCAGCACCACGGCAGCACUUUCAAAAGUCCAGUUUAAGUUUUUGGUUUGAUUUCAGCCUUCUACCACCCACUGAUAAAGCAGCACGCAAAACAACUGCACAUUACAUGUAAAUGUCUUAUGUGCCUGUCUUCUGUUAUCACCAGCUUGUCAGAUAGAUGGCAAUUAUGUAUCUCACUAUCUCAACAUUUACCUAAUCUUUCCAGUCCUGUCAGUAUCUGACAAAAGCAUUAAAGAGACAGCAUUCCCAAAAAAAAAGUCCUACCAUCAGGUACACAAAACACAAGUAAAUAGAAAGUUACUUUAAAGUAGAUUUGCUUCUCUGUACUCACCAUCAGGAAAAGAAAAUGGUUCAUAUUUAACUUCUUUCUGUGCACCAUCACUUUUACUAGACUAAAAAAGAAAGUUGAAUUAAUGUGGAACAGUUUAAUAAAAGCUUUAGCACAAUCACAUCAAAUCACAAA